UAAAUAUUUCCUCCGGACCAACCCUCACAGCGUCCUCUGAGAGUUCCACCUGGCUGUUGAUGUUCACUAAGACAGAACUGGUCAGACAGUACAGCAGUGUUUCAGUCUAGUCUUCACCUCCAGCUAUUACUAUUUGAAGUUUAGUUUGAUGGCGUUUGGCUUCGUUGACUGUCACUGUCAUAUAUCAGCCCGGGAGUUUGAAGAGGAUCUGGAGGAUGUGAUCCAGAGGAGCACAGAGGUCGGGGUAAAGACUCUGGUUGCAGUAACAGAAGGAGUCGGAGAGUUUGACCGAGUCCUCCAGCUGCAGGAACGUUAUCCAGACCUGGUGGCUCCGUGUUUCGGCCUCCAUCCGCUGCAGGGCGGCGAAGGAGGCGAGCGGCGCAGCGUGAAGCCUCAGGAGCUGGACGCUGCCCUGCCUCACUUCUACAAACACAGACAACGCCUCGUCGCUAUCGGAGAGAUCGGCCUCGACUUCACGCCGUGGCGUGCUCCCGCUCAGCAGGACAGAGACGACCAGAUGAACGUCUUCAUUAAGCAGCUGAACGUCGCCAAGGAGCUGGACCUGCCUGUGAACGUCCACUCACGAUCAGCUGCUAAGGUCACCAUAGCGACCAUGAGAGAACAAGGUAUCAGUCGAGCUCUGCUUCAUAACUUUGCUGGGAAGCCGUCGGUGGCGCUGGAAGGUGUGAAGGCCGGUUACCUGUUCUCCUUCCCACCUGCAGUCUGCAGGAACCAACAGAGAGACAAACUGAUCAAGCAGAUCCCGCUGGAACACAUCUGUCUAGAGACGGACUCUCCUGCUCUGGGGCUCGACAAGCACGUGAGGAACGAGCCCUGUAACAUCGUCCUGUCCUGCCGCUACAUCGCCGAGGUCAAAGGUCUGUCGCCACAAACUGUUCAGCUCGCCACCGCACAAAACGCACACAGACUUUUCCCUUUUAAUGUUUCACGCUCACACGCACACAGAAGUACACGAGCUUCUGAAAGGGGAGGUUUGGCCUGAGGGAGGCGUAUAGUCCGUAUAGAGAGACAGGCAGAAACACAUCUUCAAGGCAAAGAUCAACACUUCAUUAUUGUUUAUUAAUAAUUGAAUUAUGAUGUACUCGGUUCUCUGUUUAUGGAAAUAAAACACUGGAAGUUGAAGUGUGUUCAGGUCCCUGAAUGCAUCGUGUGAUCAGGUCCCUGAAUGCAUCGUGUGUUCAGGUCCCUGAAUGCAUCAUGUGUGUUCAGGUCCCUGAAUGCAUCGUGUGUGUUUGUUGAACCAGCUCGUGGUCGUCAGGCUGCAGCCGGCUACACCAGGUGUGAUUUAUCUGGAGGAGAACAGAGGCGUUACAGACGGGAGUCAGAUUAUUAUGAAACAGUAUGAUCACAUAAUAAACCACCAAGAUAAUCAGACAUUAUUUAAAUGUGUUGAAUGACAACACUGGAGAUUUUCAAGCUUAAACCCAUUCAUUACAAAUCAUGUGUAUCCUGCCAACGUGUUCUGUGAUGUCUUAAACAUAAAUUGAAAUUUCAGUUUUAAAA